AUGGAGAUAAUCAGGUAUUUUCUAUCAAACAGAACGUCUAAAUAUCAUGAUCAAUUGAUCCAAAAGUUUCUAUAUCGUUUGAAAUAUCGAAAGCUUAGCAAAUCACUUCAAUGCAACGUCAACCAGUGUUUGGAGAUUAUAGAUACCACGUCAAACAAAACCCAUCUAACUUACUUUUAUCAUGUUUUGUUGAGAUGUCCUACCCAUCAAUUGAUACCCUAUUGUUUAUCUAAUAUCUAUAACCUAUUGGAUAAGCAAUUAUUUGUAAACAAAACAGUGAAGGAUAUCAUAGCAUCUCACAAUUUCAUCCCAUUGGAGCUAAAUGUCCAUCACAAACGGAAAUUCAUUAUCUUUUUUACUUCAAUUUUGCUACACCACAAACACACAUCAAAAAUAUUCAAAGCAUUAUUGAUCAUGUGUAACGACGCCUUUAUUUCACAUAUUUCCAUGAAUUCUUGUUGA